GCCAAAAUGAACUUAAGCUGGAGGAUUGAAUGAGGCGCGCCUCUUCCUUCUCUGGCAAGUGGCAAUAUCUACAAUGAGACAACGUGCUCUGCAUCUCCGAUCACUAUUCAACUCAACACCGCAUCAUCGUCUUCACCAUCAUCCUUCACGCUUCACCCAUUUGCAGACGACUCUAAGCUCCCCUUCGCAUUUUUCUUCUUUAUCGAAUCAGCAGACUCUAUACCCUCAAAAGGCUUUCUUUAAAUCAGAUAACAAAGAUUCGCUCAUCACCCGCUUGUGCAGGGAGAAGAAAUUCAAGGAAGCCUUUGAUAUACUCUGCCAGCAACGGCGUUUAAAAGAUGCCAUUCGACUACUUGAAAACGAAAUCGGCUACCCUUUUGCUGCCAUAUACUCGGCACUUUUCCAGCUCUGCAUUGAGCAGCGAGCGCUUGAGGAGGGGAGGAAAGUGCACGCCCACUUAAAAAGAUCUAAUUUUACGCCCGGGGUUUUCAUCUCCAAUCGAAUUAUUGAGUUUUACUGCAAAUGUGAUAGACCCUUGGAAGCCCGUCAAGUGUUUGAUGAAAUGGGUGAGAGGGACUUGUGUUCUUGGAAUAUUUUGAUUUCUGGUUAUGCGAAAGCUGGGUUGAUUGAGGAUGCAAGGAAAUUGUUUGAUGAAAUGCCCGAGAGAGAUAACUUCUCUUGGACGGCCAUGAUUUCAGGUUAUGUUAGGCAUGCCAAGCCUAAAGAUGCACUGAACUUGUACGGAGUGAUGCAGAGAUAUGAGGGCUGUAAGUCUAAUAAAUUUACAGUUUCUAGUGCUCUGGCGGCUUCAGCUUCAAUUCAGUCUUUAUGGUUGGGGAAGGAGAUCCAUUGCCAUAUUAUGAGGACGGGGUUGGAUACAGAUGCUGCUGUUUGGAGUGCAUUGUCUGACAUGUAUGGAAAAUGUGGGAGCGUUGAUGAAGCAAGGCACAUUUUUGAUAGGACAUUGGAUAAAGACGUGGUUUCUUGGACAGCAAUGAUUGAUAGGUACUUUGAGGAUGGGAGAUGGGAGGAGGGCUUUUCGUUGUUCUCAAAUUUGUUGGACUCGGGCGUUAUGCCAAAUGAGUUUACAUUUGCUGGGCUUUUGAAUGCCUGUGCAUGUCAAACGACCGAGUGUCUGGGUAAACAAAUUCAUGGUUACAUGGUGCGGUAUGGGUAUGAUAUUCUUGCUUUUGCUACAAGUGCCCUUGUUCAUAUGUAUGCCAAAUGUGGAAAUAUUGAAAGUGCUUAUAAUGUUUUUAAGCAGCUUCCAAGACCUGAUUUAGUUUCUUGGACUUCACUUAUCAAUGGUUUUGCCCAAAAUGGUCAACCCCUCGAGGCGCUUGUGUAUUUUGAGCGGCUGCUAGAAUCUGGUAUUCGGCCUGAUCACAUUACCUUUAUUGGGGUUCUUUCUGCAUGCACCCAUGCCGGGCUAGUUGAUAAGGGGCUUGAGUAUUUCCACUCGAUAAAGGAAAAACAUGGAUUAACACAUACUCAAGAUCAUUAUGCUUGUGUGGUUGAUCUAUUGAGUCGUUCAGGAAGAUUUAAAGAGGUCGAAGACCUUUUAAAUCAAAUGCCAAUGAAGCCCGAUAAGUUCCUAUGGUCUUCGUUACUUGGUGGCUGCAGAAUUCAUGGAAACCUUGAAGUUGCAAGGCGAGCAGCUGAAGCACUGUUUGAAAUAGAGCCUGAUAAUGCAGCUACUUAUGUCACCCUUGCAAACAUGUAUGCGAACUCUGGUAAAUGGGAUGAAGUGGCGAAGAUUAGAAAAGCCAUGGAUGAUAGAGGAGUGGUAAAGAAACCGGGUAAGAGCUGGAUUCACGCCCAGAGGAAAGUCCACGUUUUCUUAGUUGGUGAUGAUUCACAUCCAAGAUCUAAAGAAAUAUACGAGUUCUUGGCUGAACUUUCAAAGAAAAUGAAAGAAGAUGGCUAUAUCCCGGACACGGAUAUGGUGCUACACGAUGUUGAAGAAGAGCAGAAAGAGCAGAACCUAUCCUAUCACAGCGAAAAGCUUGCGGUUGCAUUUGGCGUUAUUUCUACUCCACCCGGAACACCAAUUAAGGUCUUCAAGAAUCUAAGGAUUUGCGUUGACUGCCAUACCGCCAUGAAAUAUAUCUCAAAGAUUGUGCAGAGAAGAAUAAUCAUCCGGGAUUCAAGCCGCUUCCACUGUUUUCAGGACGGAGCCUGUUCAUGCAGCGAGUACUGGUGAUUUUGGCUUCCCAUAUAGCCGAUUUCUUCACCAGCCGCCUCAUUGGCAUCACCACAAGGGGAAAAUGAUUACCACAUUCAUACCACUUAGACAACUCUCUUAAUUGGUAGGGAAGUUAUAAUGGUGUGGUUGUAUCUCCAUCUGCAAAAUAUUAUGCCAGGGUGCAGACCUGUGAAGUGGAAGAUCCAUGGCUUAAUGGGUUUUAUAGCUUUCAUUGUGGACUCAUCUGGGAAAGGGUAGUCUGCAAUACUGUAUACCACCAUUUUUGGUUUGUUCAACUUUUAUUUCUUGUAUUUAUUAGAGAAUGUAAGCACAUUUUGCUUCAUAUUGAUUUCAUAAUCUUAUUAACAGAA